UGGCGCUUAUAGACUUUUAGAGUACGGGUUAUCCCCAAAACUGACUAAGAUCUUUGAAAAUUUAAUGUCAUUCUUACCGGUUUAUGCGUUAAUUUCAAAAAUAAAAUCGAAAAACUAAGAGGAUGUGAAUUUUAUUAGUGCAUGCUUUUAAUUUUUUUGAAACGGGCAAAUUUUGCUAUUUUAUAUAAUUGAUUGGUUAAAUGGAAUAAAAACAGUUUGGCAACGCUGUGCGACUGGAUGUCAUCGGUGACCACAGUUAAAAUUUCCUCCACCACUGAAUACGCUACUUCAGAAAUACCCAUAUUCUUCGGGUCUAAAGAACUAUGGUAGCGCCAAUUUACAAUUUUGUUAUCUAUGACCCUAUCCUUUAAAAAUGUAAUCAGCAGGAUUACCCAGAAUAAAUUAAAAUUGGCUGAUUUUAUUAGAAUGGGUGACUCUGAAAGCUCUGAGGAAGAGUACAACCCUAAAACGAAUGCCAGAGAAAAUCGAACAGCAAGAAAGUCUACAACUCAGACAGCGAGUGCACCUACCUCAAACUAUGCAACUCGCCGCCAAGCUGCAAGAAAUGCAUCCAAGGCGAUAGCGAACACAUCAUCAUCCUUUGAACAGUCAAUGGAAACUUUCAAUCCAGAUUUAAGUCAGAGAGAACGUAGGAAGAUAAGUAGAAAAUUUACCACUCCACAGACUACAGUUCGAAGACCAUUCGGUGCUGUAUAUGAUGAACAAGGAACACACUUGCAAUCGGGAUUGGAUAUGUGUGAUUGUCUUAACCAGAAAUGUCCGGGUUGUUGGUUUGAGUGCCCAAAAUGUGAAAGUCAGAAGUGUGGAACGGAAUGCAGGAGCCAUAGAAAAUAUAUUGUCGACUCAAUAGAAUAUCACGGAUAUGAUAAAACUGUAAAAAAUCCGAUCUUUUCCUAUACAAAAUAGUUUUAACAAUUGAUUUAUUAAUUUACCAUAUACAUUUUUUUUACCUAAAAAUUUAUUUUAAAUUUUAACUUAUAAUAAUGCAAUAGUACACAGAUUUAUCAAAUUGUCUAUGACUGUUUUGAAAGUGUCACUUUAUGUCAAAUUUCGUAGCAUUAAUGAAAAAACUAAAUUUUUGAUGAAUGAGACCAGUUUAACUUGAGAAAUGGACAAACAGAUUGUUGGGAAAUGGAAUAUUCAGAUCAUGUCUCUGAAACAGUUUUAAGGCUUGGUCUUAUUAUCACUUUCCUGUAAGUUUUGCCUUAUUUUCCAUAACUGCUUUAGUCAAAGAAAAUUGAGCAUUGGUUCAUUUUCAGUAACAUAUAAGGAGAAUGACGGAAAAACAAACAGUACAAAAAACCAUUAACUUUAAGCAGCCAAUAGUCAUUAAACCAUAGUGUAAACCAGACCUUUUUUGCGGGGGCAUGCAGGAAAUUUGGAAAUUAUAGAAAAAGCAAAAAAUUGUUAAUUGAUUAAUGCGCCCCCCAAAAAGAAGUGACAAAAAAGGCCUGGUCUUAACUGUGUUUACUUAAUGUUAUUAUGGGAAUUUGUUUGAUAAUUUUGCUCAUUGUGAUAUUUUAUUUAGAAAUGAAAAUAAUUUUAUAAUUUU